AUGGACGUUGAAAAGAAAACCAACCCCAAGGAGACCUCCAUUGUCGCCGACAAGGACGUUCAGACCGGCGUCAUCACGGAUAUCGACGAAGGCGAAAUCUUUCUGCGAGAAUAUAAUAUCACGAAUGGCCGCCUCCAUGAGCUCCUUGGUGACAAGCUUCGCAACAAGCGUUUGGUGCGCAAGGUCGAUUUGCUUCUCAUGCCGCUUCUAGCAGGCACCUACAUGCUUCAGUAUAUUGAUAAAUCAGCAUUGGCAUAUUCUUCGGUAUUUGACCUGUUCAAAACCACACACAUGUCAAGCAAUCAAUACAGCUGGCUGGCAAGCAUUUUCUACUUUGCAUACCUUGUUGCUGAGUAUCCAUGGGGUUACCUUGCCCAAAAGACGAAAAUGGCCAAGGUGGUGUCUGGGAACAUAGUGGCCUGGGGUGGAAUGCUCAUGAUCACUGCGACUUGCACCUCGUUCCCGGGAAUGGCAAUCUGCCGAUUUCUCCUCGGUGUUUUUGAGGCCCCCAUCACGCCCUGCUUUAUGAUGAUUGUUGGUAUGUGGUAUGCACGGUCUGAUCAACCAUUUCGAGCAGGCGUUUUCUAUAGCUGCAACGGUCUUGGUGCAAUGAUUGGCGGCGUCCUCACGUAUGGUAUCGGUCAGAUCAAAACUAUCGCGGUAUGGCGGGCCAUCUACUUGAUCCUCGGUGGUGUCACCAUUCUAUGGGGUUUCUUGAUGUUCGUGUGGCUGCCAGACGACAUCAUGUCUGCCAAACAGUUCACUCUUGAAGAGAAAGCUCUCCUCAUCGGUCGUGGUCGUCUCAAUCGCACAGGAAUCAUAAACCGCCAAAUCAAAUGGUACCAGAUUCGAGAAGCGUUUAGUGACCCCCAGGUCUGGAUUCUGUUUUUCUUCAUGCUGUUCAACGAGACCAUAAACGGCGGUAUCGCCAGCUUCAGCAAGCUUAUUAUCGAGGGUUUGACAGGCAACCCACUCACAACAGUUGCAUUAGGAAUUCCGUUCGGCGCUUUUCAGAUCUUAUGGGUUCUGUCGGGCACGUACCUUGCAUCUCGGAUUCCCAACUUCCGUACAAUAGCCAUGUUCGCCUAUUUGAUUCCGACCAUCAUCGGGAUUUGCAUAAUGUGGAAGCUGUCACAUAAGACGCAUAAGGUUGGAGUAUUGUUUGGGUAUUACAUCGUUGGCUCUUAUGUGUGCUCUCUUACACUCGCAUUACAAAUGCCUGCUACGAAUCUUGGUGGCUACACAAAGCGUACAACAAGUAUCGGUCUAGUCUUCCUGGCAUAUUGCAUAGGAAAUAUUAUCGGACCUCAUGCAUUCUUAGCUAAGGAAGCUCCUAUCUACCAAACUGGGUGCAAAGUCAUUUUAGCAUGUUCGUCUGCUCAGGCGGUUUUGGCUAUUUCUUUGCGAUUGCUCUUCAUUUACCGCAACAACCAGAGAGAUGUUGCUGCGGCAAAUGUAACUGGGUUAGAAGGAAUUGAUGUCUCAGAAGAAGAUGAAUUGCAUGAUUUAACCGACUUUGAGGUAAGUCCUUUCCCCCUUUUUUGUCCAGAGAGAGGUUGA